CAUGAAAAAAGUGUGAGAUUAGUCGGUUUAAUUUAUUUCAAAUUUGAACCGUUUGUGUUCGACGGGGGCUCAUUAUUUUUAACGUGGGUUCAACGGAAAAAAAUGCCAACGUUGUAACUAUAGUUUCCCAACAUUAGAGUGAAAGCACUUCAACUGUAAACAGCCAGAGGGUCAGCCGUGAAACAUCAUGAUUUCACGCUACUUUUGUUGACAAUCUCGGAGUUUCUUAAGGUCUUCUGAGAUGCAUCAUCAUCAGAACUUUGUGAGCAGGAGCAGGGCUUUCGUGACGCAUCCGACCGUUUCCGGUCUGAUUGGCACCGCUUUGGGUAUUUGCCUGGGCUGGUUUGUGACCCAAUCCCGCCUGUCAAACGUCAACAAAGCUAACAUCUGGACACCGGGAGAAGUGCUUUCUUCACUGAUUCAGAGUGUUACCCUUCCUCAUAUUUUGACACUUUUGAUCCUAGGACUCAACAGACCGAGGCUGGACAACUACAGGAAAGAAAUUUCUAUCCGUGCAGCAGUGUACUGCAUCUCAACCACUGUUGCUGCUGUCACUCUAGGAGUAAUACUGGUAGUGAUGCUCAAUCCUGGAGGCAGCAGCAACAUUGAUGAGGAAGUAUCCAUCCCCUUUCUCUGUGUCUUCAUGGAUCUGAUAAGGAACAUGGUACCAGGUGGUCUGGUUCUGGCUUCCUUUAAACAGUACAAGACUAGGCCAGAAGAAGAUCAAUCCUCAUCUACAGGACACCAAGAAAGCAAAAAAAUUACUCUAGUGGGUGGAAAUGUUGAAGGAGUCAACUUUUUGGGCCUGAUUAUUUGGGUCACUGUCAUUGGGGUGUGCCUCCGGAGAAUGGGAGAAGGAUCCAGAGAAAUGUUGAUCUUGGUCACAACAAUCAACAGGAUCACAGACAGAGCGCUUCAGCUUCUAAUAGGCGUUUUUCCUUUGGGAUUGGUGUUCUUGACUGCAAACUAUGUCGUUGAGGCUGGGCUCCACCUGGAGACUCUUAUCCAACUAGCGAAGUUCGCUGCGGUGGUCAUUGGCGGCCUCAUCAUCCAUGGAGCAGUAAUCCUACCACUGAUCCACUUUGCAUUUGUGAGACAAAACCCCUUCGUUUUCAUGAAGGAGAUCUCUCCUGCCCUGCUCAGGGCUAUGCAUCCCUCAGGGGGCUCAGUGAAUCCACUGACUUGUUGCGAGGAAGUGAACAAGAUUGACAGAAGGGUCACUCGCUCCAUGAUCCAAAUUUGGGGCAGUCUCAACCAGAACGGAACAGCCCUUUAUGAAGUGAUCGCAACAGUGUUCAUCGCCCAACUCAGCCACACCAACCUAAACUGGAGCCAAUUAUUUGCCCUGGGUGUGACAGUAACAGCGUUGAGCUCAGGACAUGCAGGCCAUCCAGGGAUCGUAUCCAUCAUCAUCAUGCUCCUUUUGGAUGUCUUUGGGAUUCCCUCAAGAUACAUUUCCCCCCUGUUGAUCAUACACUGGGCUCUAGAUCUCCUCAGCGCUCCUGUUAACAUCCUGGGAUACUGCCUUGGCACGGUGAUUGUUAAGCAUCUGUCGAGAAAAGAACUGGUUAAACAAGAACCAGGCAUGCCAUGAGGGGACUACAGAGCCAGCAGGAAGAGCAGACCCCCAGGAUGAAUGGUUACCUGUGGUGGUGGGAUGGUGUUGGCAGUGGCGGAAGUUUUUCUUGGAUCAAAUUUAAAAAUGAGAUUGAGGAUGUUAGUUUUUGUCUUUUAUAAAGCCUGUCUUCAUUAAUUCAUUUACAUUUUUAAUGUGUUGAAUUGAAUUUUUAAAGCCUUAAAUUGAUUCAUUGAAUUUAAAAUGUUCAACAUCUUAAUUUGAUUAUCUAAAGAAAAUUUGUUUGAUUUCAAUGUAAUUAUUUCAAUAUUUUUUCUACAUUGUUCUUUAUUAUUAUUGUUAUUAAAAUGAAAAAUGCUCAGCAGUUGAAA